GAAGGUGAACGUGAUAUCGAGACGCGGCAAAAGCUACAAGGAUAUAAGAAAAGCUUCGAUCGACACUUUUACCUCUAUCAUUCCACAAACGAGAAUGGACAUCGAGCAGAAGAUGAAAGAAGUGUCGGAGCUGCUCUCGAAAACUGCCAAAGAACUGAGCGAGUUGAUGAAGAAGAACGAGGAACUCUUAAGGCAGGAGAUAAAAAAGGUCGAGGAGGUUAUUCGACAAACUAUAAAGGUGUGCUCGGAGGGUAAGGUGGAGAAUCUUCGGGACGUGAAAGCGAAAUACGACGAGAAGGUAAAAAUCUGCAACGAGAAGGCCGUGAUUGGAUUCCAGGCCGCGAAGACGAAGUGCGACGAGCAGUUGAAAACGGUGAAGGCCAUCAAGAGCUCGAUGAAACAAAUCUUGAAAGACUGUUUGGAGACGAACGAGUUUGUUAAGUGCGUGGCGAAGGAGACGAAAAACGCUAUGAAAGAGAGGAAACAGGUCUCGCGGCAACUGGAAACCACCGUUAAAAACGCCGAGGUCUCGAUUCUGAAACAGUUGAAGGAAGCUGUGAAAUGCCACGCGGACGCUCAAACGGAAGCCCUCAACGACUUGCACAAGAUUCUAAACGAGACGAAAGAUUGCAUCAAGUAAAUUUUUCUACGCGGAUCUUGUGAUUAGAGAUAACGGGUAUUGAUUGGAAUUUUUAAUUAGGGAUCAAUUGAGUUAGAAACCGUGAUAUCGGUUACCCAUAGCAAAGCGUAGAGUUUAAGGAUGAAUCGUAAGCCCGAAAGAAAGAAACAGUCAAUUAAUUCAUCAAUUAAUGGACAAUCAAUAAAGAUGCGAAAGAACGAAGCUGUUCGAAGA